GCCCCGUGGUAGUUGGACAAUGAAGCCAUAUAUACCUUGUAUGCCAUUUGCCACUUUAUGAGUUUAUUCAUAGUCUUCAAUCUGUAUCCUCCCAUUUUUCCCAACAAAGUGCACUAACAAAGUAGAGACGUCAUCCCUGUCGUAAGCUUUUUUCCAUGGCUGAACUAGACAAUCGUGAGGUUCUUCCGUCGAUUUUUGAUUCAACUUCUACUCAACCACCUCUUUUCGACGGAACUACUAGGUUGUACACUGCCUUUACAUGCCCUUAUGCGCAGCGUGCCUGGAUUGCACGAAAUUACAAGGGGUUACAGAAUAAAAUCCAAUUAGUCCCCAUUAGUUUAGAUGAUAAGCCAACUUGGUACAAGGAAGUUUACCCACCUGCUAAGGUGCCUGCUCUGGAGCACAACAAUAAAGUCACAGGAGAGAGCCUGGACCUGCUGAAGUAUUUAGAUGAGAACUUUGAAGGACCAAGACUUUUCCCUGAUGAUCCUGCGAAGAAUGAAUUUACAGAACAGAUGUUAGCCUAUGCUGGCACAUUUGGUGGAGCUGUUCUAUCUCAUCUUAAAGGGGCUCCUGACACUGAAAUGAUUGCUGCAUUUGACCAAAUAGAAGAUGCUCUUUCUAAAUUUGGUGAUGGACCUUUCUUCUUAGGCCAAUUCAGUGCGGUGGAUAUUGCCUUCAUUCCCUUUGUAGAAAGAUUCCAGCCGCUGUUGCUAGAGUUGAAGAACUAUGAUAUUACAUCUGGGAGGCCCAAAUUAGCUGCAUGGAUUGAGGAACUGAACAAAAUGGAGGCCUAUAAACAAACCAAAUGGGAUAUCAAUGAGCUCACUUCAGCCUUCAAGAAGCGUGUUCUGGGAAAGUGAAAGGCAGAGCCAGAAAGGUUGAGGAAACUACAGAUAUCAGAUAUAAUAAGAGAAAACCCUCAAAAAAGAAAGGAAUUUGCUUAAUGUUUGAGUUACUGUUCGUUGUUAAAGACUUGCUUUUUCUCCCUUAAAAAAAAAAGACUUGCUUUUUCCUUUGUUGGUGUACUUAAAGACUUGCUUGUUGACACCAAGUCAGCUAGAUAUCAACUACAGUAAAUAAGUGAUAGUGUAAUACUUUGGUACUUUUGCAUCCACUAGUAAGUUUUCGUUUCUUUGUUUU